UUUCCAACUGUUUUCUUUCGCAUCCCUCUUACAAGAUAUUAAAGAAAUGGAAGCGAAAUCCAAUCCCACAAAUGAAUUGGAUCAAGGCCAAAAGAAUAAUGGAGGGUGGCAACAAGUGACAUAUGCUAAGAAAAAGCAACAAAAAAAUAAGAAAAACCAAGCAACGAAAAAACCAUCAUCUGAUCCCACCAAAAAUAUUAUUGAUAAUAGUACUAGAAAUGUGUUCGAGUCUUUGGAGAAGCAUGCUGCUGAGAGGAGGAAAAAUGUUGAGGCUCGAAAAAAGGCUGACAUUUAUGACGACGAUGGAAAGUUUUUGGCAAAUUCGUCAAAUCAUCGAUCAGAAAAUGGUGGCAGUGGAAAGAGUAGGAAGAAUGGAGCUAUGGAGGAAAAAGAGAAGAAGAAGAAGAAGAAGGAGAAAAAGGAGACAAAGAAGACUAAUAUGACUAUUGCUGAAGCUGCUAUGAAGAUUGAUGGUGAUGAUCUCUCUUCUUUCCUUGCUGAUGUCUCGGCAUCGUAUGCAUCACAAGAGGAGAUUCAACUAACGAGAUUUGCAGAUUAUUUUGGACGAGCAUUUUCAGCUGUGAGUGCAGCACAGUUUCCAUGGUUGGAGUUGUUCAAAGAGUCAUCCCUUGAUGCAAUUGCCGAUAUCCCCGUUUGUCAUAUAAAAGAAGUUGUCUAUAGGACUUCGGUUGACUGGAUUAAUCAACUUUCCAAUGAAUCACUCGAGUCCUUUAUGCUAUGGUCAUUGGACUGCAUUCUUGCUGAUUUAACAAUGCAGAAAGCUGGAUCUAAGGGCCCCAAAAAAGGAGUUCAAGCUUCAUCAUCAAAAUCUCAGGUCGCUACAUUUGUCGUAGCAUCUAUGAUAUUGCGACGAAAACCUGACAUUAUGAUUAAUCUAUUGCCAAUUUUGAGGGCUAAUUCGAAAUAUCACGGCCAAAAUAAGCUUCCACUCUACAUAUGGAUGAUAAUUCAGGCCUCUCAGGGAGAUUUAACAGUAGGAUUAUAUCUAUGGGCACAUUAUGUCUUGCCUAUAUUGGGAGCAGGCAGCAAGUCAAGUUCAAAUCCACAGACAAGGGAUCUGGUUUUACAAUUAGCAGAAAGAAUUCUUUCUAGACCUAAUGCGUAUAAAAUCUUGGUAAACGGUGCUGUAAGAAAAGGAGAGCGUUUAAUACCACCUUUGGCACUAGACCUUUUGCUACAUGUGACAUUUCCUGCAUCAUCUACCCCAAUCAAGGCAACUGAUAGAUUUGAGGCAAUAUAUCCCACCCUCGUUUAUGUUGCUCUUGCUGGUACUCCUAGAAGUAAAUCGAUGAAACAACUCGCCCUACAAGUUCAGGAUUUUGCAAUGAAAGCAACUCAGGAAGGAAACCCAAAAUUAUCCCAAGAAGCCACCAAGUUGUUACUCUGGUGUUUGACUCAGAAUACCGAAUGCUACAAGGAAUGGGAAAAGAUCUAUGCAAAUAACCUGGAAACAAGUGUGGCUAUCCUCCAAAAGCUUAACCAAAGAUGGCCAGAGCUAGCUUCAAAGCUGGCUUCUGCCGAUGAUUUACGCGACACUCUCAAGAGUUUUAGGCAAAAGAAUGAGAAAGCACUAAGGGGUGGAAUGGAUCCUGCUCGUCAAGCCCUUUUGAAGGAGGCAGACCAGAAGUGCAAGGUUAUACUGAAGAAGAUGUUUAUUGAGCAGAAUCGUUGGAUGAUUAUUAAACUCUUGGCCUUCUUUCCAAUCCUUCUAGCCUUUGCUGCUACCUUUGGAUAUAAGGAAUACUUGAGGAGAUUUUGAGAUUUUGGGGAUGGAACCAUUUUUCAUCAAGAUUUUUGUGGAUUAGGCCAACUUUUAGUUUCAAUUUUGCUAGAACAUUGCCAGUUAUAGUCUGGGCAAAAUAUGCACUAAUUCUGUUACUUAUGGCUAAUGUUGUAGAUCAAAAUGUGCUCUUCCUUUAUAUGUAGUGUAGAUAAAUAAAUAGUUGCAAUUUUUAAGAAUUUUUGGAACUUUUGCUUUAAGAGCUAAAUGUAAGCAGAAAAGCGAAUAAAAUUGUUAUUGACUUGAAUUUUGGAUAAA